AUGUUCGUUAGCAAGCACGUAACCGGGGUUAAUCGGUGCAGAGGCGGGUGGUUACCGGGUUACGGGCCGGAUGCGGUAUUGUUAAAAGCACGGGCGAAACCGCCCGGCAGAAAGCGGGGAGCGUUAAAUGCACGGGCGAAACCGCCCGGCAAAAAAGGAGGAAGGGGGCGUUGGCAGCCAGCCGGGCACGGACCCCCCGGGGACAUGCCGGCGAGUUACCGGUGUCGCGGCCAAAGCAUAAUGGCGAAAUUAAAAGAUAGGGGAGCAAGCCCGGGUAAUUACCGGAAAGGAUCGAACAAGCUUGAAAAAGGCAUUUGCAACCUUGCACCGCUUACAAUAACGCUUAACGCUACGUCGAGCACGUUGGAAAGGGCCGUUGGGCUACCGGAACAAAAUAUUAAAGGAAUUUCGCAAAUUUCCAACGAUUUUAAAAACCUUUCCGUAAAAAAGCUACAAAAAAUAAACGACGCGCUAAAAGCCCAAAGCAAGCGCGCCCGCUUAAUUUAA